AAGAGGCUUUAACUAAAUUUUCGCUAGCAACUGGCACUAAAGACUGGGUGACUCUACUGCCCUUGGCUUUAUACCGGGCCAGGAACACUCCUGGGCCCAGUGGGUUAACUCCGUUUGAAAUCCUGUAUGGGACCCCUCCCCCUGCAGUUUCCUUCUUAGACCCGGAUAUCUCUAACUUUGUUGAUUCACCUUCCCUCUUUGCUCACCUGAAGGCACUCCAGCUGGCUCACCAGGAGAUCUGGAAGCCCCUAGCUGCAGCCUAUCAGGAUGCUAUUGACACUCCUAUUGCACCCCACCCCUUCCAGCCUGGGGACGCUGUCUGGGUCCGGAGGCAUCAGACUCGGAGCCUAGAACCACGCUGGAAAGGACCAUACACCGUCCUCCUCACCACACCUACAGCUCUUAAGGUCGACGGGAUUGCAGCCUGGGUCCACGCCUCCCACGUUAAGGCAGCCGAUCCGGCUCACCAGGAACCCCCAGAGAAGGACAAAGGGCGAUGGCAGCUGGCGCGGACUACCAACCCCCUAAAGAUAAGACUGGUCAAAGAAAGAUGCUAAUCAUGUUGCUCUGGGUAUUGACUUUCCCCAGAGUAGAGUCUGGGGAGAAUCCACACACCCCAUACCGUAUUACCUGGACCCUCAGUAAUUCUUAUGGGGAAGUCCUUAAUCAGACUGAGUUAAUUGGCCCCAUCAGCACCACCUUUCCUUCACUCUCCUUUGACGCCUGUAAGGGAGUGCCAUCCUGUAUUUGGGACAGUUUAGUAGACAAGGGGACCAUUUAUUUAUGUCCAGGGCAUCAACCUGACAACAAAAUGCGCUAUUCUUGUGGGGGAAUGCAGUAUGGAUGGUGUUAUUACUGGAAUUGUGCAACUGCAGGUAGUACAUAUUGGAAGCCAUCUUCUAGCUGGGAUUACAUCCGAGUAAAAAGAGAUCCCAGCAUAGAUAAAUAUAAGGUUGGCAGUGCAGGAAAGCCCCUCCCCCAUGUGCUUGAAUUCACUGAGAAAGGAAAGUCCCAUGACUGGAACCGCCCCUGCAGCUGGGGACUGUUCGUAUACAGAAAAUAUGGGGACGAUCCAUGGGAAGUAAUUACACUCAGUCGCUCGGUGCAACCCUUGGCCCCCUCGGCAGUGGGUCCCAAUCCAGUUCUAACUAGGGACCUUCCACUUCCUCCCCCUGCACCUCCCAUACCAGCCAACCCAGUCCUCAGUAACCAGCGACCAACUUCCCCUCCGUCAUCUGUUUUGGUGCCCCCUGCACCUCACAAUUCUGGGGAUGGAACUCAGGAUCUCCAAGGCCCUGCACCUCCAAUACCAGCAGGCACCCCGGACCCUGUAAUAGUUUCAGGUCUGACUGAAGCCCCACCCGCCUAUCCUGGAACAGGUGAAAGGCUCCUAAACCUCGUCAGGGGAGCAUUCCAGGCAUUAAAUCACUCGGAGCCAGAUAAAUCUAAGAAUUGCUGGCUCUGUCUGAACCCGAGCCCCCCUUACUACGAGGGCAUAGCCGUCCAGGGAAACUUCUCAGUACUACCAGCAAAUUCCGCUGCCCCUCUCGUCUGCACCUCUUCCACACAUACACUCACCCUGACCCAGGUUACCUUGACAGGCACCUGCAUCGGAAAGGUGCCCACUGGAUUUAAACAUUGUCUUAAGAAUAGCUCCCCCCUUACCCUCCAGGCCGACGUAUACCUAGUGCCCCCUUAUGGCACCUACUGGGCAUGCAAUACGGGACUGACUCCCUGUGUCUCUCUAGCUGUUCUAAAUCUAACCCAAGAUUUUUGUGUCCUGGUACAGUUAUGGCCCAGAAUCUAUUGGCAUGAAGACAGCUAUGUAUUACAACAUUAUGAAGAGACACCUACCCCUGUCAGAUUCAAGCGAGAGCCUGUGAGCAUAACCUUAGCUAUAUUAUUGGGAGCUGGGGGAAUAGCAGCGGGAAUCGGGACAGGGGCAACUGCCUUAGUUCGCUCGGACCAGUUUAUGCUUCUUCAUGAAGCCAUGAACCAGGAUCUAAUAGCCUUAGAGGAGUCCAUAAGAACCCUAAAAGACUCCCUGACUUCUCUCUCUGAGGUAGUGCUGCGGAAUAGAAGGGUGAUGUUAUAUUUCUAUUACUGUUAUAAGUCACUUAGGCUGAACACCAGUGUCUGUGCAUCUCAAGAUGGAGGGUUUGAUUCCAUCAUCACAGACUGGCUUGGUUUUGGAAAGCCCUAUGUCCAGUGUGGUGCUGGGUUACACCAGAAACCCAGGAUCUGCUAUGGCAAAUGUGCAGGCCAGAAGCCAGAAGCCACUAAGAGCUAG